CCUGGUCUCUGCUCUUUCUCCAAUUUUAUAACGUUCGAUUUCCGUGCCACCCCAAAAACCCUAUCACUCACUCUCUCUCUCUCUCCAUCCUCAAACUGCUCUUUCUCUCCCUAAAAGAAUCAAGAACGAGGAGGAGCAGGAUCAAGAUCGAGACCAAGGUCAAUGGAGGAGCAACCGAGGGUUUCGUUUCGUGACACUCGCCUCGCUUCAAGAAAAGCCGAAGAAGCCGCGCACAGGCGAUCCCAGGCCGCCGCGUGGCUGGAGAGCAUUGCUGGCCCCCUCGGAUUGCCACGGCAGCCGUCGGAGAAAGAGUUCAUCACUUGCUUGCGCAGCGGAAUCACUCUCUGCAAUGCCAUUAAUAAGAUAAAGCCAGGGGCUGUGCCCAAGGUGGUUAUGAAUCAAAGCGCUGGGCUCGCGAUGGAGAUCCAACCUUUGCCGGCUUAUCAGUAUUUUGAGAACAUUCGUAACUUUCUCGAUGCAGUUGAGGAGUUGAAACUGCCAAGCUUCGAGGCUUCAGACCUUGAAAGAGAUACCUUGGAGGCUGGAUCGGCUGGCAAGAUUGUGGAUUGCAUCCUUGCAUUAAAAGCUUAUUAUGAGUGGAAGCAAUCUACAGGAGGUUGUGGGGCUUGGAAGUAUGCAAAAUCUCCAAUGAUUCCACAGACAAAUAGAAUGCAGUUGAAUGCAGUAAAUUUGGGAGCUUCAGUUAGAAGAUUAGACUUGUCGACAAAUUCAGAAAAGCAGCUUAAUGUGCAAAAUGAUGAUAUAAAGAAUGAAGAUAAAAUGGGUUCUCUUGUGCGAACGUUAUCUGAUUUUGUGUAUGAUUCGAAGGAAAAUAUUGAUCAAAACCUUCUAGAGUCAUGGCGACAGGGGAAAGCGGAUUCAACUAAGCUAUUCAGUAAAAUAAUCACUGGUUGCAUGCAAGAGCAAGAGUUGAGAUCAGUUCUUAAGGAUCUGCAAAUCGAAGGCAAGAUGGAAAUGUAUAACUCAGAUAGAAUCCAGGAUCAGAAGUUGUUGAAGGAAAGUCGUAACACUAGGAAUAUUUUGAAGGCUCAGGAAAAUGAACUCACGGAACUCAAGACCUUAUUGUCAAGUACCAGGGUGGACUUCAGUACUUUACAAUCCCAACUGCAAAAUGAUUUAGUGCAAUUAGGAAGCCAAAUUCAAGGACUCUCUGCAGCUGCUGUUGGGUACCAUCAAGCUGUGAAGGAAAACAGGCAUCUGUACAAUUUACUUCAAGAAUUAAGAGGUAAUAUUCGAGUAUUCUGCAGAAUCAGACCAAGCUUCCACGUCGAAGCUAAAUCUUCCAUCGAUUACAUUGGAAACGAUGGCUCAAUGAUGAUUCUUGAUCCUCUUAAGCCACAAAGUAGCCGUAAAUCAUUUCAGUUUAACAAAAUUUUUGGCCCUAAUGCUUCCCAAGAGGAGGUUUACAAGGAUACCCAGCCAUUAGUUAGAUCUGUCAUGGAUGGCUAUAAUGUUUGCAUAUUCGCCUAUGGCCAGACAGGAUCUGGGAAAACACAUACCAUGUGCGGCCCAUCAAGUGGACCUGCUAAGGAUAUGGGGAUCAAUUAUAUGGCACUUAACGAUCUCUUUGAGCUGUCUUGUAGCCGGAGUGAUAUUAAUAAGUAUGAGAUUCAAGUUCAAAUGGUGGAAAUCUAUAAUGAACAAGUUAGGGACCUUCUAUGUGAAGAUACUAGUUCAACAAAAUUAGAGAUUAGAAAUUAUUCCGGGAAUGGCGGAGUGAGCCUUCCAGAUGCUGCUAUGCACCGUGUACAAACAACCAAUGAUGUUCUUGAUCUGAUGAAACUGGGUGAGCAGAAUCGUGCUUUUAGUUCUACUGCUAUGAACAAUAGAAGUAGCCGCUCCCACAGUGUCCUUACAGUACAUGUGCAUGGCAAAGAUGCAUCAGGAAGCAUGCUUAAAAGCUGCUUGCAUUUAGUCGACCUUGCUGGCAGUGAGAGGGUAGACAAAUCAGAAGUUACAGGUGAUAGGUUGAAGGAGGCACAACAUAUCAAUAAAUCACUUGCAUGUCUGGGAGACGUAAUUGCAGCUUUGGCUCAAAAGAAUUCUCAUAUUCCUUACAGAAAUAGCAAGCUUACACAAUUGCUCCAAAACUCUUUAGGUGGGCAUGCAAAAAUGUUAAUGUUUGCACAUGUGAGCCCUGAAGCAGAUUUUUAUGGGGAAACAAUUAGCACUUUGAAAUUUGCCCAGAGGGUCUCUACUGUUGAGCUUGGUGCUGCUCAUGUAAACAAAGAAAACAGUGAGAUCCGGAAGCUGAAAGAAGAGAUAGAUAAUCUCAAGAAGGCAAUUGCAUGCAAAGAAGGAGAAAGAUCAAAGCACACUACUGAGAUCACUCCUCCACGUUCACGAAAGUUAAGCAUUGAGAAUUCUGUUGUGAGGAAGUCAGCAAUAGCAGCUACUCUUGAUGAUAAAAAGUCAUUGAAGUCCCCUCUUCCGAGACCAAAGUUGGGUGCAGAGAAUGGCCCCAUUCGCUCUCGGAGAUUGAGUUUAGAAGGUUCCCUGCAUGGAAAAAACCAGCCAGAAUCUACCAUCUCAGCUUCAAAUUUGCAGCUUCAUACACCAGAUACUGCAGGGCUGCGAAAAGAGAACAUCUUUUAUCCUGAAUUAUUAUCCCGGGAAGAUGGCGCUGACGCGAAAGUAAGCUCAAGUAGUGAGACUAACAGUAAAGUAUUUCCAGCAGAGGACUUGUGUUAUGUAUCUCCUUUAAGCUGUUAUUCUUCAAGUCAGAGUCAGCUGCUACAGAAUGCUGAGAGCACAUACAAUACAAUGCUUCUCCAACAGCCUACUCCUGAUUUUUCAAGAAAAGUGGAAGAAGUAGUUGUGACACCAGAAACUAAUAAUAAGUAUAGGACAAGGAGCUUCAAUCCUAAUGCAAGCAGUAGUAAAGGAUCCCACAUAAGAAAAUCCUUACAGACUAUAGGGAAGUUCAUAAAUGGCUCAGAAAGAAGGCCUAACCCACUUCCAUUAGAGGUAACACCAUCCACGAAAUUUGGGAGAAACAAUGCUACCAUUGUUAUAAAAUCACCAAUUACAGCUGAUGCAAGGUCGCGGAGGAGGCAGUCAUUGACCAAUAUGAGCGUCUCAAGGCGAUCCUCUCUUGGUGGAACAGACACAUAUUCGACAGACAUUCAAAAUGCGAGGACAAAAAGUCCACCGCCUGUACAUUCCUCUGCAGCCAAGGCCACAAAGCGAUGGAUGUGAGUGAGCUCUGCAGCGGUGAAAGAAACUCACUCAGCAAAUUGCUCUUUUGUGACAGCCAGCAUCAGUUCAAAAUGACAUACCAGAGACUGCUUCUUCUCGAAGCUUUUAGCCAAUGUGCUAACAUAUUUUUUCUCAUACUUAUUGAGCUGUUUCAGUGGUAUAUUAUUUGAAUUUAUUCGUUGAAGCCGCGUGUGAGAAUUCUAUAGAGAAUUUUCUGGCUUCACAGUAUGUAUUACAUUGCUCUUAGAAGAAAAAGAUAUGACGACAAACAAUUUUCGCA